UCGGACCAAACCGUGGCCAAUUUUAUGGAAAAUAGUAUGGGAUUUGGAGAACAGACCCACAUUUUCAAGUUCUAAUUGGAAGCGUUAAACCGUCAUACAUUUUUUUUUUAUAAAAAUGAGUUUAAACUUGGGAACAACCGGGUAAUGGUCUUAACUUCCUGAAAGUUUUUCACAAACGUGCUGGACUGGUGCGCUAAAAACAAGUGGGCGCACUUUGAUUCUCUGCAUAUAAAUGCUUUCAUUUACGUUAUAAACUGUGCGUUAAAUGGAUUUGGAUUAGAGCUGCUGUCACAGUCUGUAACUCAUAAGAAGUCUCUGUGAUUUGACCUGAAUUUCUUUCUGCAUGCUUCCUCCAGUUCUUAUCCAACAAACCAGGCUGCUAAUCUCUCACGCAAAUCCCUCUACAUCGAUCUGCAGACAUGUGGGAUGUGCCGCUGCAAGGUUGUGUCUCAAAUCUAGUUAGAAGUCUGCCUAGACAACAUUCUUGACCAGUAUUGGUUCGAGUCAACUAAGCUAAGUAACUGUUUGCGUCAAAGAUGCGUAUUUUCUGCGCAUACUGGAAACAUAUGUAUACGCUGACUCGCCACUCCUCAAAAUGCGCAGGAAAUACGCACCUAUGAUCAUCAAAAUUGCGGUUGAGGUAGCAUGCUAAACUUUGAGACGCAGCCAAUAUUUCAACAGUUGGUUUUAGUCAGUCUAGUCAGACUAAAUAAGUAUCCCGUUCAACUUUUCGCUUUGCUUGGAUCGCAGACAUUACAUACCAUCUUUAGUAAGCUUACCACCACUGUGAUUUAGUUUUAAAAUCUGGCACUUUAUAAACAAGCGAUCUUUUAUAUGCUUAUGAGAACGUCACUUGAACUUCUAAUGAGAUUGAACUUUGGAUGACAAACUGCCGAAAGGAACCAAGACGCUCGAGACGGCCACAUUAUGGCAAUAUGUGGCAGACGGAAUCGGUCCAAGUUAAUUAUUUGCGUGCUUGGGGCUUUUAUAGCGGGAUAUUUAAUAUUUCCUAAAGAUACUCAGAGUGAUAGCGGUCCUGCGAGUCUACGAGAAGUAGCAGCAGAGGAGCACAGAAAUGCGGACGAUGCGUUUUAUAAGAGACCUGUUUAUGAGAAACCUCCUUUGGAUGUAAAUGCUAUGGGAGAGAUGGGCCGAGCUGUAAAAUUCACAGAUCUUAGUGAUGAAGAGAAGAGAAAGGAAGAGGAGAGCAUUAAAAAGCAUCAGAUAAACACAUAUGUCAGCGAGAAAAUAUCCCUACACCGGAGACUGCCUGAAAGAUGGAAUCCAUUGUGUAGAACCCUCAAGUAUGACUACCUGAAUUUGCCCACAACGUCGGUAGUGAUAGCUUUCUACAAUGAAGCCUGGUCCACACUUUUAAGGACAGUGCACAGUGUCCUGGAGACCUCACCUGACCUGCUGCUUACAGAAGUCAUACUGGUGGAUGACUACAGCGACCGAGAUCAUUUAAAAGAGCCUCUGGAGAACCACAUUACCAAUCUGAGAAAGGUGCGUUUGAUUCGAGCGAGGAAGAGAGAGGGUUUGGUGAGAGCUCGACUCCUGGGGGCGUCCAUCGCUACAGGAGAAGUCCUGACCUUCCUGGAUUGCCACUGCGAGUGUCAUGAGGGCUGGUUAGAGCCUUUGCUCCAGAGAAUAAAGGAGGAGCCAUCUGCUGUGGUAUGCCCGGUUAUAGAUGUUAUUGACUGGAACACAUUUCAGUACCUGGGAAAUCCGGGCGAACCUCAGAUCGGAGGAUUUGAUUGGCGACUGGUGUUUACGUGGCACUCUGUCUCAGAAAACGAGCAGAAACGCAGAAGUUCCUCCACUGAUGUCAUCAGGUCUCCUACCAUGGCCGGUGGUUUAUUUGCAGUCAGUAAGAAGUACUUCCAUUACCUGGGCACAUAUGACACUGGAAUGGAGGUGUGGGGCGGAGAGAACCUGGAGUUUUCGUUUAGGAUCUGGCAGUGUGGGGGGACUCUGGAGAUCCACCCUUGCUCGCACGUGGGUCACGUCUUCCCGAAGAAGGCGCCAUACUCGAGGAGCAAGGCCCUGGCCAACAGCGUGCGGGCGGCAGAGGUCUGGAUGGAUGAAUACAAAGACGUGUACUACCAUCGCAACCCCCAUGCCCGUCUGGAGGCGUAUGGUGAUGUGACUGAGAGACGGAAACUUCGAAUGCGUCUUGGAUGUAAGAACUUCAAGUGGUUCUUGGAUAACAUCUACCCUGACAUCCAAGUUCCAGAGGACAGGCCUGGGAUGUUUGGGAUGCUGAAGAAUAAAGGAAUGGCCAACUUCUGCUUUGACUACAACCCACCAGAUGAUCAUAAUAUGGCGGGUCAUCGUGUCAUCCUUUACCAAUGUCACGGCAUGGGACAAAACCAGUUCUUUGAAUACUCCACGCUUCACGAGAUCCGUUAUAACACAAGGAAGCCCGCCGGCUGUGUCGUAGCUGAUACUGUUUCCACCUUUCUUACGAUGCAUCACUGCAGUAAGCCCCAGGAAUCCGUGCCUGACGACCAGAAGUUCCUGUUCAGAGAGGACGGCACUCUGUACCACGUUCAAACUCAGCUGUGUGUUCAGGCAGUGGACCGGACGGACACCGGGAGCCCAGGCCCCGCUCUCCGACCAUGCUCGGACUCCGCUUCACAGAAGUGGUUCUUCGAAGAAAGAACAUAGCACAGAGGUUUUCCUCACACCCUUAACCUGCUUUAGAGAUAGAUAGGGCAUUUUUAAACGGCAGCUCACACAAGUUUAUUGACCAUUCCUGCAUAGGUACUUUCUGCUAUUCUGCUAAUUCUGAUUGUGCGUUUCUAGCGACUCAUAGAGCACAGGCUGUAUGGAUUAAAGUGAAGAUGAUUUAGUUUUAGAAAAUUAAUAUUCGAUUUUUAACUUUUUUGGACAGGGCAUUAAAAAUUCCUUUAGUUUUUGUAUAUUUUAGCAAUUUUUAACUGGUCGUGGGUCUCUGUUGAACUGAACAUUUUACAAGCUGGUACUUGGAGUUAUUUUAAGCUGUUUCACCAGAGUUGCUUUUAUUUAUUUAACAUUUCAUAUGACCUUCAAGUCUACUAUAUCUUGUUUUCAAAGCAUUUUAAAAACUUUACUGUGAUCUGGUUUCUGAUCUAAAUCUGAUCCUGCUGGCACCUGGAGCCUCUUGUGAGUAUUUUUGGCCGAGUAUUGAGGUUAGGCUCUGAUAAACACAAAUGCUACUGUGUUCUUCAUGAACACUAGAUGGUGCCAACUCCUUCAUUUUCAUCCCCGUCCUUUGGCAUCCUCCAUCUUCUCUCAUUCCUUCCUGUUUGUGUCUGUAAUGUCAAUAGAUGUGUAUGCUGUUAUUGAGAUGCUGGUUUUAGUCGAAAUGUAGAAGGAUGAUUGUGAUAUAUGAGAACGUGCGCUGGUGUACUGUAGUCAUUCACCUGCUGUUGAAUAGCGCGUGUUAAUAAAACCGAGGGCUGAAUGUCACAGCAGACACUAGAUUGUAUUCAGAAUGAUUUGAUUUAGGUUUAUAUUUUCCAUCUGUUGUGGAGAAAACAAUGCUGAAUAGUCUGUUGCAUGAAAACAUGGAUGUAAAGUCUUCAGGUCAGUUUUGCAUUGUUAGUUAGUUUUAUUAAUUUGUCACUCACAAAUAUUUAUUACAUCAGUCAUUUCUGAUGUCUCUUGUGUGUUUAAGAACUGAAUGUAGAUCUGUUUAUUAAUUUUACUCAAGUGCCUUAUGGGUGAGGGAGACUGCUUGUUGACUUUUUUAAUGAUGUUGAUGUAAUUGUCAGAUUUGAUCAAAUCUGUAAUGAUUAGAUAUAUAGUUUACAUUAACCCAUAAGAUGACAGAGAUGCUGAACAUAGUCUUUGGGUAAAUUUGUUUACCUUUAUAUACACAAACAUGUGAUUCUCGGAGAGCAUGUGUGAUUCAAUACUGGACAGAUGUUUCCAGGUUCUGUGACGAUAAGGAUGCGAUUAAGGAUUUUAUCUAUGGAUUUGAAUGGGAGGGCUAUGUGCUUGGCUUUUCCUUGUUUGUCAGUUUGUGUUUGAAUCCUAAACAUUGUGUUGCUAUUACGUUAAAAUCCAUAAUAUGGUAACUUUUUUGUACCUUGUAUGAAUAGAAGUAUGAAAAACAAUCAAACAUACAUUGUGUUUACAAAUGAGGUUUAAAAUAUUUAUAAUUUGUGGCCAUUUUUAUAUUAAUAUUUUUGAUAUUCAAACAUUCCCAGAACUAACUAUAGACCACUAUAGUUGUCCAGAAGCAAGUUUAAUUUGUAUGUAUUUUAUUUUUACUACUUUUUUAAUCCUACAUAUGAAGUUCAUUUGCAAAAACAAAAUCUCAAAAAUCAUGUAUUUUUGUUAUUGUGCAUUCCAAUUAAUGUAAAUCAAACUGCAUUUGGGUUGUUUUGAUUAAGUAAUAAUAACAAAAAAUACAGCUAACACAACAAAAACAUAAUACAUAAUCUGUUUUUGCAAAUAAACUCUUCAAUUGAAUCUUACACAGUGUCUACACCGGACGCGACCCGACACACGGCUUUUUGUCGCUCCGCACCGCUUCCAGUGUGGACCAAAUUUUAAAUUCUAAUGGGUUCUAAUGCGUUUUGUCGUUUGUCGCGCCGCGUCCGGUGUAGACAUAGUGUUAAAGAUGUUAAAAGUUCUUCUGGACCAGCGUUGUUUACGUUUUCCGAAGUGGUCUAUUGUAGAGUCCCGACAAAAUAAAUGGCCAAAAGGUUUUUUCACACUGACAAUAAAUUUGCACUGUAUUGUAUUGAAUGCAUUAUGAAUUAUUUAAUUUUGUUUAGUAAUGCCUGCUUUUUAAAAUAUAUAUCAAUGCUGCAAGGAAACUUCAGGUAACUUUAUGCUGUUAUAUAAGUGACCUUAACAUAUCAGAAAAGAAGGCAUACCACCUGUUUUUGUUGUUGUUGUUGUUAUUAACUGCUUAAUAAAAUACCUGUUUUCUAAAUUAAUUUGCAUUUAAAUUGUAAAUAUUUUGAUAAUCUCAAUUCAGAUGUUGCUUUAACAUAAAGUGAUUUUACGAUUGAGUUUUUACACACAAAAAUAAAGCCAUUGGAUAACAUCUCUGAUGUGUGAAUGAAU